AUGGAACAGAAAAUAAUAAUUCUAUUUUUAUUUUUGUUCUCAAUUUUUAAAUUAGGAUAUUCAGUGAAACCAUCACCAAUUGAUGUAAUAUAUGAAGAUAAAUCAUUUACAUUUAUUUUUAAUAGUAAUCUCCCAUAUUUUACCCGUUUAAUUUUAUAUCAAAACCAAACAACACCCAGAAAUGAAAUGGCACCAAAUUAUUUUGAUUGUAGCCUAGUUGUUGCUAAUAAGAGACAUUGUUUAUUCCAUUCAGAUGAGCCAUUCUCAAGACUAUGGGGUAGUAUUUACAGUAAGAUAUGUGCAAGAAAUGUAUCAAGUCCAGUAGAGGAUUGUUCAUUAAGGGUUUCAGCUUUGGAUUUUUAUCCAUUACCAUCUAAUUUGAAAUAUAGUAAAAAACCAAAAACGUCUGGGGAAGAUAUAAUAAUUACUGGUUCAUAUUUAAGAUUCAUGGGUGGUCCUAAUUUCCUUAUAAAUUCCUUUGAUUUUGAUAAUCCUUUUAUUGUUAAAGGUAAUUUCUCUGAUCCAUCUUUUGACUGUAAUUAUCUUACUGUAACUAUUCCACCAGGAUCUGGAAAGUGUGAAUUGUACUAUGAUGAAACUGGUUUAUUUUCUGUCCCAUUUUCAUACGAAUCACCUAAAAUAUCAAGUACUGUUUCUAACUUAUCAAAACAAAUAUUAGUAAUUAAUGGUGAUAACUUCUUUACAAAUAAAAACUUGGUUAGGGUUUCUUUUGAUGGUAUUAAUCAACCCAAUUUUAUUAUUUCAGUAAAUCAUACACAAAUUCAAGUGAAUAACUUUAAUAGAGUCGACCCUGGCCCAAUGUCUGUUAAUGUAUCUGUCGAUGGUAUCUCAAUUGAAAACAAUUAUAUUCAUUGUUCCCCAGCAAUAAUAACAUCAAUAUCAUCAGUAUCAAAUCAUUUGGGUGGUACUGUAACAAUUAAAGGUGAAAAAUUAUCUUCAACUUUAAAUUCAUCAUUGACUCCAUCGAUUACAAUUGGUGAUAAAAAGUGUAUAUUUAUUAGAUCAAAAAUAACCGAAUUGGAAUGUCGAUUGGAUCCAAAUGAAUAUGGUGGUAAGAGUUUAUCAGUUGACGUUAAUUUCGGUGGUUGUAGUUCAACAAGUCCUAAUGGCGUAUCAUUUACAUAUAAUUUUCCCACAUUAUCAAGUGGAUCAUAUUCAAAUGGUAUCGUUACAUUAAUUGGUACAAAUCUUGGUACAAAUAAAGAAUCACUCAUUCAAUUAUAUGGUAAUGAAAUAAACGAUAAUAUAAGUAUUGACCAAUUUAAUGUAUCAUCAGAUGAAAAGACUUUAUCAUUUAAAUUACCUCUUUUAAGAUGUAAAUCAUUUAAUAUUAAACUCACUCGUUCAAAUAUUUCCUCAAAUACACUUUCAAUUUCUGCAUCAUUAAUAAUAAAUGUAAUAAGUAGAUCAACAGUAUCAAAUGGAACAUUAAAUAUUGAAAUAUAUUAUAUGGAUUGUCAAGUAAGUUCAUCACCAAGUAUUACUGUUGGUAAUUCAUUUUCACCCACACAAUGUUCGAUACCAUUACAAUCUUUAACAUCUGGUUACUAUGAAACAACAUGUCCAACACCAUAUGGUACUGGUAUUAACAAACAAUUCUUAUUCAAAUUAAACUCAGAGACAGUGAGUGAUGAAUUUUCAUAUGCUCUCCCAACAGUCCAGAAUAGUAAAAUUUCUCAAGGUAAUAUAACAUUUCAUGGUAACAAUUUCGGUAAUUCAACAUCAUUAGUUCAAGUAUAUUUAAAUGGUAGUGAUAUUACAUCAGAAAUUCUAGAAUUGGAAGAUCAUCAAUUUACUAUUAAAAAAUUGGAUUCAUUUGAAAAUGGUCCAAUUAAUAUUACUGUAGAUGGCAAUAAUAUGGAGUUAUUAUUUAAUUUAAAAUUACCACCUGUCAUUUAUGGUAUAACAAAUAAAGAUAAUAAAGCAAUUGCUUGUGGAGGUCUUAUCACAAUUUCUGGUAAAAAUUUAUUGACAAGUGACAAUGAAUUCAAAGUUAAGGUAUUUGCAAAUAAAAGAAAUACUACAGUAAUUGUUCAAGAUGAAAAGAUAUUAAUAGUUAGAGAUGAAAGUAAAGAAAGCCCACUCUUUGUUUCAACAUUGAUUGGAGAUGAUUUAGGACCAAAUGCAAUAUUGACAUAUUUAGAACCAAAGAUUACAGUAAUUCCACCUAUUAAAAUUAAAAAAGAAGGGAUUUCAAUAAGAGUGGGUGGCGUUAGUUUUCCAGGUAUUUUUAAUGCUGGCUUAGCACUUUCAUCAGAAAAUGUUUCUCUUUCAUGUAAUUUACAAUGUAGUUUAUCACCAAAUGAAAUAUUAUAUUACAGUGAUCAAAACUUAAGUUCAAGUGAAACUGAUAUUACAGAUAGUACUGAUUGUUUAUCUUGCCAUUCAAAUUCAUCUGUUGAUGAAAUAUCAGGACUUUUAUAUCUCCAAUUAGGCUCAACAUCAUUUAAUUACGAUGUUAAAAUUGAAAAAGUUAAAUUAUCACUAUCACCAUCACCAUCAAACGGUUCUGAAAGAAAUAGCAAUUCAUCCAAACUAUCAGGUGGUGCAAUUGCAGGUAUUACAAUUGGUUGUGUCGCUGCCGUUGGUCUCUUUGUUUUUCUCUUUGGUUUUGUCUUUAUUAAAAAAGCUCGCUGA